AUCCCAAUAAAAAAAGAGAACGAAAGAAAUUUCUAACAUUUCGUUUUAGUACGCAAGUAGUAGCAUUAAUAACUCACAUGCUGGCAUCCCCAAAUAAUAAAAAACAAGAAUUGUAUUAGAAUUUUUCAGCAACAUAUUUUAGGAUUAACUAAGUUAUGAAUCAAAUUAAGUGGAUGUGAAUAAAAACUUAAUAAUGGAGACUGUCGGUGUUUGUCGCUGCUGCCUCGCGGAGGGCUUACACAAAGGGUUACACACUAGCUAUACUUGGCUUGACAAGAAAGAGAUUUAUUCAGACAUGCUACAAGAAUGCUUUAAUAUUAUUGUGACUCCCUCGGCAGACAAUAUGGGUAUAUGUGACGCAUGCAUCAAAACCCUCCGUAGUUCCUUCAGCUUCAAGCAACAAGUGCUGGCGGUGGAAGAAGACUUGUUCAAGAAGUUACAAGAUUUAGGACAGAAAGAUGAGAAAGUGGUUGAAAUCAAAGUGGAGCCAAAACAGGACAGUGGUGAUGAAUCUGAUGACUACUUCCUGGCUGAUGCAGUACGAGAAGCUUCGAUAGAGAAAAUCAAAACCGAGGAAAAGGAGUUACCCGUUAAAAAGAAGUCGGAUGUUAAGAAAAGUCGAACGAAAGCCGCCGUGAAGAAGUCGACCUCGGGUGAUGCGUGGAAGAGCGGGAAAAUCAAAACUUUGGUGUCCAGACUCGCCACGUCUAUCAAUACCUGCGAAAUGCCAGAAAUAACACCAAUAAAGAAAAAAGAUACGAAAAAUAGAAAGAUAACGAUCCCUAAAGAAACAUUCUCAUCGGAAUCCAAAAUCAACCUCCUUUGGACCGGCAAAGCACAUCACGACAAGAUGAAACACAGAGAGAACUUACAAACAAUAUUGAAAUUCUCGAACGCAACCCCUUUUAAGAACAAAUCCUUGCUCGGCUACAUGUGCGGGUACUGCGACACCUCUUACCCAGAUCCCGCGGAUCUACGGAUCCACACGGAUGCGGAUCACAAGAAAGAACGACUCAACUUCAAAACUAAUUUCGAUAUGACCGAGUAUAAUGUGAAACUUGAUGUCUGUGACCUCAUCUGCACUCUAUGCGACGAAAAAAUGGACAAUUUACCAAUUUUAAAAGAACACCUAGUUACAAAACACGAAAAGGUUAUCUACAAUGAUAUUAAAGACCAUAUCUUGCAGUUUAAGUUGAAAAAAGGCGAGGUUUACGAUUGUGCGAUGUGCCCGUCGACGUAUGAAACUUUUAAAAUGUUGAAACAACAUAUGAACAAACAUUAUUCGAAUUAUACAUGUUCAAAAUGUGAUACAUCGUUUGCAACGAAACGCUCACUGAACGCCCAUCGAACAACACACAUAGAAGGCAGUUUUAAAUGUGAUCAUUGUGAGAAAAUAUUCUCGAGUCGAGCAAAGAAACAUUAUCAUGAGAAAAUGAAGCAUUUAGGUGCUCGGAACAUCUCAAACUGUCCGUACUGCAACCAGCCGUUCAGGAGUUAUUACCAACGAAACCAGCAUUUAAUCAAAGUUCACAAUUCGGAAGCUCAGUACAAAUGUAAUGUGUGCAGCAAGUCUUAUAUCCUCAAGAGUUUGUUGAUGUAUCAUAUAAAGAAGAGUCACUUGAUGGAGAGGAAUUGUCAGUGCACGGAGUGUGGUUACAGGUUUUUCAGUAAGAAGGCUUUGAAAGCGCAUAUGGUUAAGCAUACCGGUGAGCGUAUAUACGCGUGCGAGGUCUGCCAUAAGUCGUACGCUCGGAAGUACACGUUAAGAGAACAUAUGAGGAUUCAUAAUAAUGAUAGGAGGUUCAAGUGUGAUGUGUGCGCAAUGACGUUUGUACAGAAAUGCAGUUUGAAAAGUCAUUUGCUGUCGAAUCAUGGGAUUAGUAUGGCUGCGUCGGAUAUAACGUCUGUUUGACGGUUUCGUUUUGUAGUUUAAUGUGUUUAAUUGUCGCUAGAUGGCGUUGUUAGGCGGGAAGAAACUGACGUGCAGUGUUGUGGAUUUUUUUGAGGCAAUUGCAAAAGAUUUUGAAGUUGAAUGAAAGUUUAUAAAUGUUUGACUAAAUAGGGUUUUUGAGUAAAUCUUAUUCUAAAAUUGGAAUCUUGCUGGUCAAAAGAAACAGUACGUACUUAAUAUUAUUUAUGAAAAUACUGGUGAUUAUAUAAAAACUUAUUAAAAUUGUUGCAACAAUAAAUAUAUAAAAAGGAAAAAAAAACAAUAAAUAUAUUAGAAAAACAAUAAUUUCUGAUAACGUUUUAGAAAUUUGUUUGUUCGUACUUAGCAUCAAAACGGCUGGACCGAUUUUGAUGAAACAAUUUUUGAAAUCAAACUAUUUGUUAUUUACCAAGUUUAGGUAUUGGUAUAAUUUUUAAAUGUUUUUUAUUUUUUGUACUUACUGAUAUGACUUUGAACGUUUUUUUCAUUUCUAGCAAAGAUGCGUAGCGAGAGAUUGUUAAUAGCUAAUAGUUAGCUCCAAUAAUUAUUUAUCUAACCUCUUUUACCGGUGUAGAAGUCAUCAAAUGGAUACCUCCCACUUUGGGUUGAAUGGAAGGGAGUGUCAAAUUUCUUAUGACUAAAAAAUUCAGGUGGAGAAAGCCAGUCUAUUUAAAAAUAACUCGUCAUACGAAAUAGGGCACAAAAUAAAAGUUUUAUCCGUCGGACAGAUUUC